AUGGGGGACCCCAGGAGAGAAUCCGGACCUCCUCUUGGAAAACUUCAUGACGCUGCUACCGCGUUACUUUUUGUCAGCGGAAUACCAUAUCUUUGGUUCCAAACCGCUAUUACCUUCUUCACGGCUAAAAUGGGCCUCCAUUCAAAAUGCGUGUUCAUCUUCAGGCUUGUCGUGUCUUGUACUAUCACAUGCGCUGGCAUAGGAUAUCCUUUCUUCAAAUGGUUCUCGUACACAAGGUUACAAACAGGUAGCUCCGUAGAUUUCUGGAGCCCUGAUGACGGUGGUUAUGCCCUGCACUUGUUUAGCACCAUCGGGGAGUGGGUUGCCUGUCUGUGCUUAGCGCUCUUCCCUGCAUCCUUUUACGAAGAAUUUAAAACUUUUUCUCUUGAAAUUCAUUAUGUUGAGGUUAAGGAACAUACAGACAGCAAGAAAAGUGACUAUGUGAAGAUAGGAACAAACGACGAUUAG